AUGACGUAUAGGGAGCUUUACCAGAAUCUGUUUGAUGCGCAUGUGGUGUCUCCAUUUUACCUGAAACCCAUGCAACCUCUAUUCCUAAAGUGGUAUGACGCAAACGCGCAAUACGAAUACCAUGCAGGAAUUGCAGGGCACACAAUUGAGAACUGCACGGCCUUCAAAAAAUUAGUCGAAAGGUUCAUAAAGAUGGGCAUUGUGAAGUUCUAUGAUCCCACAAAACCUAAUGUGACGGGAAAUCCAUUACCCAGUCAUUCAGACAAUGGGGUAAACGCGAUAGUCGAAAGUGGAGGGAUGAGAACUAAGAUGGACGUAUCGGAGAGAUUGAUAGAAAAUAAAGAGAUCGAAUUCUUCGAGUAUACCGAGGGCCAGAAAGGGGAAGAUGUGUGCACGUCAGAGCAAGGGCCAAUCAACAAUGUCCAUGGACCCGUUGCUUUCCCCUAUAAAGAUAGCAAAAGGGUUUCUUGGAAUUACGACUGCAACGUAACGCUCCCGGGAGAGGAGAAUCCAGUUGGCACUUCGAAGAAAGGUCAAGGCAAGGGUUUCUAUACAUGCAGUGGAAGGCGUUAUACUCCAAACACAAAAGCAGAACCAGCUAAAGGAAAAUCCGUGGUCGUUGAGCAAGAAAAGGAAAAGACAACCAGACCUGAAUCACCUGUCAAUGAGCCUGUAACUGAAAAGGAGGCUAAGGAAUUCUUAAAAUUCCUGAAGCACAGCAAGUACAGCGUUGUGGAGCAAUUGCACAAACAGCCAGCUCGCAUAUCCGUACUAACCUUGCUUUUGAGUUCAGAAACUCACCGAAGUGCAUUGAUGAAGGUUUUAAAUGAAACAUAUGUUGCGGAUGAUAUCUCCGUCAACAAGCUCGAUCGCCUGGUCAACAACAUCAGUGCGGAUAAUUUUAUUUUCUUUAAUGAUGAUGAAAUACCACCGGGAGGCAUGAGAUCUACAAAGGCCCUACACAUUACCACUCGCUGCAAGGGAUACACAUUGCCGGGGGUAUUGAUUGAUAAUGGAUCGGCAUUGAAUGUCAUGCCCUUAUCCACAUUAAAUAGGCUGCCAGUGGAUAACUCUCACAUGAAGACAUGUCAAAACGUCGUGAGAGCAUUCGACGGUACGGAAAGAAAAGUGAUGGGAAGGAUCGAGAUACCUCUCUUGAUUGGCCCAAAUACAUACGAGGUGGACUUCUUGAUUCACUCGGCGGGGGCAGUACCGUUAUCCCUACACCAAAAGUUAAAGUUGGUAACUGAGGGUAGGUUGGUAACGAUAAACGCGGAGGAAGACAUCAUUGCAUCCGUCACCAGUGACGCACCGUACGUGGGUACGGACGAUGAGACGAUAGAAUGUUCCUUUCGAUCACUAGAAUUCGUCAAUACUACAUUCAUUAUCAAAGGGAACAAGAUCCCAAUACCCAAAAUAUCCAAAACUACAAGGAUGGGCCUGCGAUUGACGGUCGGCAAAGGAGCCCUACCAGGAAGAGGACUUGGAAGAUGCCUCCAAGGAAGGAUCGAGGUACCAGUGUUAAGGGAAAAACGAGACCGUUUUGGCCUAGGAUUUAAGCCAGACGCGAAGCAAAAGAAGAAAGAGCUAGAGAAAAGGCAAGAGAUGAGAAGAGCGCGUCUGCGCGGUGAGGAGGUCAAGUGGGAACCAAUGACCUUUCCUCAUCUAUCCCAAACGUUCGUGUCCGGAGGAACUAUCCACCCGAAACAAGAGAUGAUAGUGAGGAAAGUGGUGGAAGAAAUGUUAGAAAGUUUGAGCAUUAACACCAUAUGCGAAGAAAUAACCGAAGAAGGGAAUUUAUCUAGAAUUCGCCCUUAUAUCUCGGGAAGUGUUUUGAACAAUUGGACCGCGGAAGAGAUCCCUGUAACUUUUAGAAUUAACUCAGAGUAA